UAUAAGCACACUGGCUAUACAGAACUUGUACAGUUCAGCUCUUAAUAACAGAAACAGACAGAACAAGUAUAAAGCUUCUAUUGCUCUAUGCCAUGAACAAGAAUUCAUUCAACAGUUCUGUUUCAUAGUAGACAUUGCUAUUUUAUCAUAUCUGCAUUUCUCUUCUGUCUGAAUGUCACCCAUAAAAUUUAACUCCUCAGAAAGUUUAUACUACAGCACACAUACAUAUCUUUGAGGAAAGCAAGCCAUACCUAAAAGUGCAAUAGGGCAGAAUAUGAACUGCAUGCAUGUCUUUUCCCUAGAUUACAUGACCUCAUACAAAUUACAUUCCAUAUCUAUUCUUCCAUCAUUAAAACAAAGGUAAAAAUACUUUUGAAGAUCUAUUUUUGAUAUUAAGUAGUGUGCAAUGAAAGAUAUUUUUCUGCAGUUACUUAUUUUUAGGAAAUAAAAUGAGAAAUAAAAACAGUCAGCAAGCUUCUGCUUUCUUAUAUAUCUGUCCAAACCCGGAGUAAGUCUACUGAAGUUUGCUCUUUGAGUUUCCAGCUUUGCAAGCCUAUCGGAUUGUAUUUUCUUGUUUUGAUCAGAGGUACUGAAAUGAAUUCUAGCUUUCACUGAUUGAAAAUAUGGAGAGACAACUGUUGUUUGGCUGCUUUUAAAUGGUAAACAGAAAUCACACAUAUAUCUAAGGCUUCUGAGACAGUUUGCUACCCAAAAGGAACUGAAUGCAAAUGCAUAAAGAAAUAAAUUUAUGAAUAUGGUUUUGAACAUCCAUGAGAGGUGGGUAUAGCAACAGACACAAUACCAUAGAAUUACUUUAAAACUACUUGCUUACAUUUAAUUGCCUAAAAACUGCUCAUAUUUUACAGCUGUAACCUACUAUAGAGUACCCUGCAUGGCACUAUGUACAGCAUUCCAUCCUUACGUUUUCAUUAUUCUGCUCUUUGCUCUAGACAACUCAGAAUUCACCAUGGGCUCCAUUGGUGCAGUAAGCAUGGAAUUCUGUUUUGAUGUAUUAAAGGAGCUCAAAGUCCAUCAUGCCAACGAGAACUACUUCUACGCCCCCUUCACCAUGUUUUCAGCUUUGGCCAUGAUCUACCUAGGUGCAAAAGACAGCACCAGGGCCCAGAUAAAUAAGGUUGUUCGCUUUGAUAAACUUCCAGGAUUUGGAGACAGUAUUGAAGCUCAGUGUGGCACAUCUGCAGAUCCACAAGUCCACUCUUCACUUAGAGACAUUCUCAACCAAAUCACCAAACCAAAUGAUGCUUAUUCAUUCAGCCUUGCCAGUAGACUUUAUGCUGAUGAGAAAUACUCAAUCGUGCCGGAAUACUUGAAAUGUGUGAAGGAACUGUAUAGAGGAGACGUGGAAUCUAUCAACUUUCAAACAGCUGCAGAUCAAGCCAGAGGGCUCAUCAAUUCCUGGGUAGAAAGUCAGACAAAUGGAAUGAUCAAAAAUGUCCUUCAGCCAAGCUCCGUGGAUUCUCAAACUGCAAUGGUCCUGGUUAAUGCCGUUGUCUUCAAAGGACUGUGGGAGAAAGCAUUUAAGGAAGAAGACACACAAGCAAUACCCUUCAGAGUGACUGAGCAAGAAAGCAAACCUGUGCAGAUGAUGCACCAGAUUGGUUUAUUUAAAGUGGCAUCAGUGCCUUCUGAGAAAAUGAAGAUCCUGGAGCUUCCAUUUGCCAGUGGAACAAUGAGUAUGUGGGUACUGCUGCCUGAUGAAGUCUCAGGCCUUGAGCAGCUUGAGACUACAAUCAGCUUUGAAAAAAUGACUGAAUGGACCAGUUCUAAUAUUAUGGAAGAGAGGAAGAUCAGAGUGUACUUACCUCGCAUGAAGAUGGAGGAAAAAUAUAACCUCACAUCUAUCUUAAUGGCUAUGGGAAUGACUGACCUGUUCAGCUCUUCAGCCAAUCUGUCUGGCAUCUCCUCAGUAGGGAGCCUGAAGAUAUCUCAAGCUGUCCAUGCAGCAUAUGCAGAAAUCUAUGAAGCAGGCAGAGAGGUGGCAGGCUCAGCAGAGGCUGCAAUGGAUGCUACAAGCGUCUCUGAAGAAUUUAGGGUUGACCAUCCAUUCCUCUACUGUAUCAAGCACAACCCAUCCAACACCCUUCUCUUCCUUGGCAGAUGUAUUUUCCCUUAAAAAGAAGAAAGUCGAAAGAGUCUAUCCCUUUCAGCAAGACCCAGAGCACUGUAGUAUCAGGGGUAAAAUGAAAAGCAUGUUCUCUGCUGCAUCCAGAUUUUAUAAAAGUUAGGGCUUUAUCUAGAAAAAAAAAAAAAAA